CCUCUGAGAGAUGGUCAGGGAAUAUCUGCCUCACCUAAAAGCAAACAUAUAUAAACCCUCGACUCUCUUGCUGAAGGAACACGGCUUCCAGUGAGUCCCUCUGCUGCUGCUGCUUUGAUUCAUCAUUGCAACAAGAUGACAUCCGUCCUUCUUUUCACUUUGCUCCUUUGUGGAUUUGGCCUUGAAGUAAACGCAAGAUGUCCUUCAAAUUCAGCGGAUUUCUGUGCCAGCUGCCCUCCUGGGUUCACUUGGUACAGCGGCCGCUGCUACCUGUUUAGAGAGCAGGAAAUGGAAUGGGCUGAAGCUGAGAAGGCCUGUAAUGAAUUCAAUGGAAACCUGGCCUCCAUCCACAGACAGGAUGAGUACAACUUCAUCAGCAAGCUGAUCUACAAAGAGGCAGGAUCAUACAAGAGCACCUGGGUAGGAGGCUACGACGCAGUGAAGGUAGGUUUGUGGUUUUGGAGCGAUGGGUCACGGUUUGACUUCAGCAAUUGGUCCCCAGGAGAGCCCAACAACCAGGGAGGAAACGAGAAAUGCAUGCAAAUCAACUUGGGAGGCAGAGAAUAUGUCAACGAUGCCAACUGUGACAUCAAACUGCAAUAUGUCUGUUCCAAAGCUCAAAUUUCGUGAGUUUGAGUCGGUUUGAUACCUCUGACAGAAUCUGCCUCCCAGCAGAACCUCAAGCCUCGAUGACGUCACUUCUGAGAUAUACUGUGAUAUAUCAGCUGUCAUGUCAUGUUUUAAAUAAACAAAACUGCAUCUACA